CUUCUUCCCAACUAGAUUCAGUUCCAUCGUUUAAUUGACAGUGAACGGUUAGAAAGGCGGAGCUUUCUGACGAAAAAAGUGGGUCGUGAAAACGCUCGAAGAAAGGUCAAAGAAUUUCGUCUGAAUGUGAAUAUUGCAACCAUCGGUCCAACAGUGCACAGUGAAAAGCGGUGAAUGCGGGUGUCAUAAUUGAUGUGCUGUUUAAACUGAGGCGUUUCAAGAACAUCAUCGUGUUCGUUCAGUUCAUUUACGCGCUUUGUAGCUGUAGAGGGAGCGUACAGUGCGACGACAUCUUCGUUGAGUUUGACCCCGGUCCGAAUUUGAUCCACCCAAUUGCAGAAGAAGAAGUGAAACAAACGCGAAGCAAGAAGAAGAACAAGGAGAUGCUGUUCUGUGCAAUCUUGGCAUUUGCCCUUCUGAGUGCAGUCGUCAUCUAUGCCAUUUUCACCGUUGCUUUUUGGUUCUGCUGUGAAGAAUAGAGAAACAAGUCAGUGCAGUUCGUAUUCAUGUUUUGGGCCAAUGAAACACACGUGAUUGAUUUCUUCGUACCAUGCGUGAGUGAGCGAGUGAGUAAGUGUGUGCUCGCCAAAAGUGUUGCAAAAGUGAUGAUGAUGAUCGCCGGCUGAUCAAGGGUGAAGAAGAUCGCGGUCAUUAGCUAGCAGAGUGAAGCACCUGCAGCAAACCAGUGUGUGCUGCCGCCGAUUUUGGCUGACCAAUGAGUUGAGUGAAAAUAGAAGUGUAAUUUCCAAUAACGGGUGGAUCGUUUAGCAAUAGUUGUGAACGUCUGUUGGCGCCGAUUUUGCCGAAGCCCUUGAAUCAGCGUUUGUCUAAUUGGACCGCGGUUAUAGUUAAUGGGAUUUUAAUCGGCGGUAAUUUGGAAUUGAGCUUGGAUCAUGCAGAAAUGAACACGAGGGAUUCCUCCUGAGAUCGACACGAAGGUCAAACUCCAAAUCCCGUGCCCUCGUAACGAUGUUCACUCUGCUAUAGGGUGCAACGAAAUGGAAACCAUCGAAAGUCUGUUACAGCAGUCAUCUCCCAACAGCUGUUCCUCAUUUGCCACCGCCGUCAGUCCCGUCACCAACUUUGACGACCUCAUCAAGGAUCACCACCCCCAUGUGCUAGCCCCCCUUCAGCCCACCAAAUACAGCAGCACUUCCGGCGGAAUCCCCAACACCAAAAUCCCAACAAAUGCUGCCAUCGAUUUCAUAUCACCACUGCCAGCCGGAAACUGCAAGCAGCCACCUGUUAUCGUUGGUGUUGCGGUGAAGCGAACUCUACGGAAACCAACUGCAGCUGCGGAAGGAGAAGAGCUACAAGAUGCAUCAUGCUCCAGUGGAACUCCCAGCAUGGGGGAAAUCCUCGAGCGGUGGCACAGUGACAUCUUUGAUUGCCAUCCUCCCCUGGCGGGUACUGCUACAACAGCAUCAGACACCGGAGGUGAUUGUAACAACAACGGCCAUGGGAAUCAGACCCAGAUUGUGGCGAUGAUGGAUAGCGACGGCGAUGUGGGCGAUUUGAUCGAUUUCAAUGCAGAGAUAGCUCCAAUGGCUCCGGCUGUGGAUUCAGUGGGCGGAAUUGUUCAGGUGCCAACUCUGAAGCCGAAAGUGAAAAAAGUAACGUUCCUGUUGGAUGAUUUACUGGUGGGCAGCGGAGAAGAAGAAGGCCCAGAGGAAGGCGAACGCAGCGAAGGGGAUGAAUUCGAGGAAGAUGAAAGCGAACGAUGUGUAACAAAAGACGCAACACAAGUCGUCGCUGGUGAAUGGGAUGUAAGUGAUCCGUUGCACCUUCGCAGGGGGGAGGGUGGCGCAAGGGGUGCGACGAAAGUGGGUGGUAAUGAAAUAUCAACAGAGACUAUGCAAACAGAUGACAUUGUUUCUCUCGAUGCUGAUCACGUUGACGGUGUCCGAAAUGUGACAAAAGGAAAUGGGAAGCUCCGGUGCGCAUGUCUGUCGCUGUUACAUGGUCAUGGUUGUCUCGACUGCCAGCAUCUUGUCCGGCUCGAGGAAGAUGCUUCGGUUCCAGCCGUCAUCGAUACUGCCUUACCGACUGGCAGCCUUACCAACACAAGUGCCUUGGUGGCCGUUGGGUGGAUGAAUUCCGAUACACUGCCAUGGGGAGGGAGGAAAAUCGACGAAAUUCCGGUGGAAAAUGCAUGGGAGCAGAACGCAUGUGCAGAAACUGGCAACAUUGGUCCUGGUGGAGACUGGUCGUCGUUGUCAGUUGGGGCCCAAACGGGCAGUGGAUCGAUCGAUGCUAGCAGAAACAAGACUAACGGGGACGAGGGCAACAUUGUUGACGUUCAGGAUGUGCACGUUCGGGAACGGAAGGAUAGCAGAAAGGGUGGCAGCACGGUCGAGGAAGGUGUUCGGGUUGGCCGAGUCGUGUCCGAAGUGCCUUUCGCCGAGCCUCCGAGAAUCGAUGAAACGGAUUCGAACCAGCAGAAGCAGCAGCCAGUCGUCAAACAAGUAGAAAAUGUUGUAACGUCAGUACCUACUGGUAUUGAACAGCUGGAAUUUGGAUCCGUAAAUCUGCCAAAUUCAAACCAAGCGUGUGAAAAAUCGAUCCAAGUUCCAUCGCCAUUGCAUCGUGCGUCGGUUGGUGCGGAAAAUAGUGGCCAUCGUGGGGUAAAAGAGGUUCAUUUCAGUGAAAAGGAAAAUUUCUACCACAAGGGCUCGGACAGUGAGAGUGAAAAUUAUUAUGGCACUUGUUCUCCGCCUCCGCCUCCGUUGGUACCACCCAAUGGGAUUCCUUCGUCAUACGGCCUAAAUGUGGAAGUUACUCUCAAUGCUCAUAUCAAUGUCCGUGGAUUAAGUGAAUUUAACUUUUUCUCCAACUCGGGAGACAGGCCUGGUGAGGAAUCCUCAUCUUCCGCAGAGGAAAAAGUCCUUAAGGAUAGUGCUACCAAUACCAUCAGCAACAGUGGCAGGAAUAACAAUAGUAACGUUACCCCAUCAAGUGCUGACAGUGGAAUUAUUAUUAUCGACGAUGACGUAGAUGAGUGUGGCUGUGAAAGUGUUUCGACUGAAACCCAAAUCUGUGAGCCUCUGCUAUUGAUAGCGGAGGAAAAGCCUGAAAAGAAAUCCGUCGCUCAGUGUCGGGAUCAGGAUACGCAAACUUUCAUCGGAAAUUUUCUGUCUCCCAAGAAGACUACUAGUGAAAUUAGUGUGCAAGUGUGUGAAAAUGGCGAUUCUGACCUACGGAAUAUCGAUAGCCUAGAUUCUAGUGUUAGUGAAUCGGAAAUAGACGAGCGAAAGGAUUUACGGUUCCUGACCAAAAACACCGAUCAAUAUCUUCGACCUCCAAUCAGUUUUCUUAGUGAGAAGCACGAGUGUUUCCAGGCCAGCAAUCGAUUAAAGCGUCUGGAAGAACGGUUUCGAGGAUUUGCCUAUACGAAAAAGCUAUUACGUGAAUCGUUAACCUCAUCGAGUGGGGGGCCACCACAGAAUCUAUCGUCAUCCUUAAGCUCACUGUCGACUUUGCUGGCAGAUUAUACUAACACAAACACAGCAUCCGUUUCAUCGUCAGUGCCAGCAUCAUCGACUCCAUCAUUGACAGCAGCUGCCCGAGCUGAGCAAGAACAGGAAGAACAAUCACAUGCAGGCAGAAGUUUUGUGCCAUCACGAAAAACAUCAUCCCUCAGCUCACUACAAAAGGAUGUUUUUCCAACCCGAACCCAACUAGGCCAUACUCUCGAUCCGAAACGUAACGUUCCUGUUCUUCCACCACUUUCCUCCUCACUACUGUCCCUCUCGGCAUCAUCCCUACUUUCUCUUUCCUGUAUCGAUCUCGAACGCAAACAACGACAACAGCAGCUACAAGAUCCUCCCCCCAAACGACAGCUCAGCCCUCCACAACACAACCCAAACACUCCUGAACAAUCCCUAUCCAAAGCGUCCUCUCUCCCGUCUCUGCUUCCUCAAUACCUUUUCCCAUCCCCACCAUCUAGACCACCACCACGACCACCACAGUUACCCGAAGAGCCUCUCCUCGAGCUAGUCCCAAAUCCACCUCCAAAACCCCUCCACAACCCAACCCUUCAUCUAGACCUCCGCCCAUCUGUUGCCACCCCGGAAUCAAGCGUCGAAUCGGAAGAGAUCUGCACUAUUUUCCCCGGUGGAAAACCCCGCAUCGAAGAUCCUUUAGAAGUAGUCGAAACCGUGUUCAAAGAUUCGGAAGAAGAAGACUACGACAUAAUCCCUCAUAUCCCGCGAAGUGAAAGUGAAGAAAAUCAAGAAUUCCUCAACCUAGAGAAGCUCCUCGCGGCCGAUCCGUACACCAAUUGCGAGUUUGACACGCGGCACCUCAGCCAGUACGAGCCGAACGUCUACCAGAUCCGCUACUGCUACGAUGAGCUCGAGGAAGAGCUAGAGUCCGAGUCGGGAAGUGUCGGUGGAUUGCUGAUCGGUGCCGAGCGGGAACGGGCCCAGGUCAGUGUGAGUGACGAAGACGGGUGCGAGUGUUUGAUCGAGGCGGUGCCCAUCUAUCGUACGUUGCCGAUCGAUAUGCGCGAAACGGCCGGUACCCUGCGGGGGUUGCUCAAGAAGCCGAACCGGCCGCCACCGGUCCGGAAGAAUCGGGUCGUGUUCGACGAGACGCGGAAUGAGUUCUUCGACGCCGAUUACAUUAUCCUGAUCCGGGAGGACUGCCCGUACGACGAGGAGGACGAGGAACCGUGCACCUGCGGGGAACACGAGCUCGUUAGAAUAUGUUGUGACGAAGGCUGCAACUGCGGAUACACGGACGACGGACGGACGCCUCCGAGUCCCAAGUUUGCUCCACCCAUCGAGUUUGUCGAUCAGGCCACGCUGAGCCCUCCCGAGGGCUACAAGGACGGCAGUGGGCUGUUGGACAAUGCGCUCGGCGGCGCCCUCGGUGGCCACGUCUUCGGUGCACAACACAUUCAGCAGCUCCAAGUUAUCCAGCGGCUUCAGCAGCAACGGGCGGCCAUGUUGGCCGCUCGGGCUGCUGCCGGUCAGCAGGGACAACAAACGGGCGGCGGAACUCAGACCUCCCAAACUGGCACCACUGGUGUCAGUGGAGGAAGUGCUGGUGGUGCCGGCGGAGGGGGAGGAAGUGUAGGAAGUGCUGCUGCCGGUAGUGGUGGGGCAGGACAAACACCUCAACAACAGCAACAGCAGCAGACCGUUUGUACCGAAUGUGCCGAGUGUGCGGAAUGUGCCGCCAAGCAGUUGCAUGACGAAGAAUGCGACUCACAAUGUUCGGACGACAUUUCGCCGAUGAUGGAAGCACCUCUGCCACCUCAUGCGACCCUCCCGAUAGCGCUGGUUCCCCUGCAGAAGUCCUCCCCGGAACGAAGGAUCACCCAGAAGGAAAUUAUCGCCGGCGAAGAGCGGCCCAAGUUUCUCACCAUCAAGCAGGUGCAGGAUGCCUCGCAGGGUGGUGAUGAUGAUAAGAGCCAAUCGUCGUCCUCGUCGUCGUCCAAAGCGCAAACCCAGCAGCGUUACAUUGUCGAAACCAUCACGAUGACGACCGUGACCGAGCGGAGAAUUAUUCAGAAAACCCAAACUGAUUCCGAACCUCCUCCGGUUACUACCACUAUCAUUGCAGUGACUUCGGGCAACGAGACGGGAUCAACGGCAGUGCCGCCAUCUUCCGCAACCGCCGUCAACGCCAGCGACCUUCGAAGCUUGCAACAGAAACAGCUACAGCAGCAGCAAAAGCCAGGAUCCGGAGAUGCUACGAGUGCACAACAACAACAGCAACCAAACGCUAUCAAUAGUCAUUAUGAAAUAGGAAAGCACAAACCAUUAAGCACGGCACAGGCGAUAAGUGGCAUCCUCAAAGGUGGAAAACUGUGGAAGAACGAACACCAACAGCAGACGCAACACCAACUACAGCAACAACACCAACAGCCAAAGUCACUACAGCAACAGCAGCAGCAGUCAGCACAGCAGACCCAACAGCAACUGCAGCAACAACAGCACAAUCAGCAAUCCAACCAGAACGACGAUUCGACCAACGUGACGUCGGACGAGGAAACCAGUUCGAAGCGCUCGGUUCGGUUCAACGAGGAGUCCACCAUCCGGGAGGCAUGCUGCGACGGCGAAGUUCAAUCCGGCCUAGGCGAAGGCGAAAUGGGCACCGGAAAGCCCAUCAACUACAUGUCCGACACGCUGAAGCGGCACUCGUCCGGUCUGUUCCACAACGCGCUGCGACCCAAUUCGGCCGUCCGGCAGCUGUUCCCCAGUACUGUGGUACACAUGUCCUCGACGGCGGCAGCGGCCAUGACCACGGCAACCACGACGAUGUCCACGGGAGCUAUGAUGGCCGCGGUUAACACGACCAACGCCAACACUACGGCCGGCAAUCCGACGGCACUGACUCAGGAAGCGCUGAAGGCAUUUGACGACUCGAAGAAGGCCAGCUUGGUCCAUCAGCACAGCAUCACCAGCAAUUGUAGUGGCAAUAAUGUGAAUCCCAGCGGAUCGGUGGCCAAUUCGGUGACCGGGGGAAGUCCUGGUGGCGGGGGAGGAGGAAGUGGUGGAGGAGGUGGAGCUGGUGAAACCGAUACCAUCCGGCGGACGAUUGAAAGGAACGCUUUGCGCCGGUCGCUCAUCAAAUAUGAACCAAAGAAAAAGCUCCCCGUCAAGGACGUCACCUCGCUAGAGGAACGAAUCCGGCAGCUGACGUGCGACAUUGACGAACCAAUCGAUGAAGGAGCCGACGGUGAGCAAGGACACGAUGGUGAUCUCAACGAAAUGGAACGACGGGAUAGCCCGGCUGGAGAGGAAAAUCCCCAACAACCAAAGUACAUUCCGGACAAGAGCUUCUCGCCGAGUUCGUCGGCUUCCAGUUCCUCCAGCGGUUCCAACGGUUCAACGUACAAGAAGAUUACCGACCUGUUCCACCGGGAUCGACGGCACGAGAAAAUUCCCGAAGCGGACGAGAACCCGAUUGUGAUUAUCCCGCAGGUUUGUCCAUCGGAAUCGGACUGUCGCUGUCCGGCUGGUCCAGACAUUGGAAUGGGAGUCCAAAUCCAGGGUGUUCACACGCAAAUCCAUCAGCCACCUCAACAGCGCCAGGCGGACUCGCGAAGGCAAUUCCUGUCGACGCUGGCCCCCUUGACGGCAUGCGUUGCUGGACAACGUGAUGAUCUGUCGUAUUAUACCCUGGCACAACCUGGGGACAGGAAUUCGAUGGGAAGUUCACAGUGCACUGAGUACAGCCUGGGGGAUAUCGAUGCCGCUCUGCAUGAUGACGAUGGCAAGAAAGUGGCGCCGGAUGUAAUUGCCGGAACGCCAGGUCAGGAAUCGGACGAAUUGGCAGCUUUUGUUCAGCAAGAGGGAGCUCGAACGGAACGGUUGAAGAAGCGGUACAGUGCGGAAACGUCUACUUCAGCGCCGGCUUCCGGUGCUGGAUCGGACGAUGACGAACAUAACGACUAUGGAUUCAAUUCACGGCCAACAGUGCGAGGCAUCAAACCGCGAUUUGGAUCGACAAACGAAAUUCUUCAACAGAUGCAAGCUCAACUGGCUACUCCAACGCCACCUCAGUCAAAAUCUCAAACCAGUGCCGCACCAACGCAGCCCAUUCAGUCGAAUACGCUUCCUCGGCCUCAUACGGCCAAUAGUUUGCAACUAGCGGCAGCGAAGCAACAGAUCACUACUCAUCAGCACACCGCUUCGUGGAGUUACUACCCUGUUGAAAGUGCGCAAACAAAGGCUGUGGCGGCAGUGGCUGCAGCUGCCACUACUGGAACCAACAUGGUUACGGCCGUAGAUCCGCAUGGUAACUACUACCACAUUCCAGCCCAAGCACGCCAUAGCUACCAUGGACAGGAGGCUAUCUAUCAGAACUGUGCUCAACUGCCUGCGGGCAACAUCCAGGCCAAUACAGUUCACGUUCAAUCGCAGCAGAUUCAUACGCAACAUCACGCUGUACAUACGGCUCACCACAUACACCACGCGAAUCAAGCGGCCUACGGGAAGUUUGCGCGAAGUCCCACGCGCAGACCGGAGUCUCCACCGCCAUUACGAAACUAUCACCAAACGAUGGUCUUGAUUCCGUACAACGCAGAAACCUACGAGCGCUACACGGCCCAGGAGCAGGAAAACUACCGCCGGCAGCACAAUAUUGUUGAGUAUCAACAGGUUACUCAACAAACUAUUCGGGUUCCAGUAGGCUACCCUCUGCCGGGAAUGCAGCUACACGUGGUCGCUGGACGGGGGGCUCUGCCACCACAUUACUCCACCUUGCCACGGUUGGGAUCGAGCUCUAGUGCAUCCUCCGUCGCCAAUGCCCCAACCGGUACCAUCCCCAAUGCUUCACAGGGAAAACCUCCAGCCUAUACCCAGUAUCCCGUAGACAAGGGAGGCGUCAAGUUCACCGAACGGGGAGCUCCGGAAGGCGCGGCCAGCGUUCAACCGAGUGACGUCAACAGUUUACUGUCCCCAACAUCCCAAGGACAUGGUCCACCGACACAGGCAGUAGGCCCUCCAGCAUCCUCUGCCAAUGCCAUCCAAUCCGGUGGCAACACUGCCCAGAAUACUGCUGCCCAGGGUCAGGGGGCCGUAUUCUACGCGAUGAACGUUUGACACGGAGAUUAGAUAAAUGUCACGAUACGAAUUGAACCCAAGUCCACUGGGGAGGAUACCCGGGAAAACGGUGACCAGUGGCCAGCAGUGGUGGAUGAAGAUAGGGUAAGCAUCCGGAGCAACCAGAGUUGUGUAGUUGCUGCCGUAGCGUCAAGUGGCCUGGAGUAGCGUCGAACACGAGGGCGAGAACAACGAUUUAUGUGUUUCCGAAUGAUUCCGGAUACCGUGCGUGAGUGAUUGUGGUACACUACUGUUUAGGAAAUGCUCAGAAAUUAUAUUGCACGUGUAAUAUUUGUAUUCAUAGGGCUAGGAUAAGUCAAACAUUGGCAGAAUGACCGAAGAAGAUUUACCAAAAAGAAAGGUUGAAAAGUUGACACAAUUGUACAUAGACUGUUAGAAAUAGAGCGCAAAAAUUAUGGCGAUUUUACACGAUCGCACGUUUCAAUGAAUCUCGGUUAGACUGAUGCAGUCAUCAUGCCCCGCUGGAAGCUCAAUCGCGAAUUUAACUGUUGAACAAAGGAUACUUUAUUUAAGCUAAUAUAUAAUUGAGAAACUCUUCGAUAUUCUGUAGAAAUGGCCUAUUCCGUGGAAGGAAUGUAAAAUUUUACGAUUUGUUCUAGAUUUAUGAAAUUAUUCUGUAUUCUCCGAAACGGUGCUAUUAAAGGCAUAUAAUU